AUGAUGCUUAGAUCAACAACUUGCCAAUCUUUAAAAAGAUCAUUAGCUUCUCAAAGUCGUCAAUUCAGCCAAUCAUGUAUCUUAACGCAACCUCAGUUCAAACUUGAACAACAACCACAACCACAAUCACAACCACAACUACAACAGAAAGGAGGUCAGCAUAGUUAUCUUCGUUAUUUUCAACAGAAGCCGAAAACAGGUAUUGAUGCAACUAUUGGUACUGCUGCUUACGUUUGUCAAGCUGGUGGAAGUAAUGGUUUCGAAAGUGGAUAUAACUCAAGUAGGCCUAAUGGAGAAGAUGGAGAAGAAGUUGAGGAGUCAUGGAGGUAUGUCGAUUUGGUUUAUCCACACGUUGCUGAAUUUGCUGAUUUGUUUUAA